AUGGCAGACCAAAGUAGGUCCAGUGUUGGGGGAAGUGUGGAUAUUGAAGCCUCUCCAGGAAAUUCCAUGCAUGGAGUUACGGGAAGAGAGGCCGCAUUUGGUUUCAGCGUGGAGGGGACUGAAUCGGCGGCGGCGGGUGGAGAAAAGUUUAAGGUGGCGGUGGACUCGGAGCACAAGGCCACCCAAUUCAAGCUGUUUUCUUUUGCGAAUCCCCACAUGAGAACUUUCCACCUUUCGUGGAUGUCCUUCUGCACUUGCUUUGUCUCCACUUUUGCGGCGGCACCGCUCUUGCCGGUGAUCAGAGACAAUCUUGAUCUGACCAAGCGGGAUAUUGGGAACGCAGGAAUUGCGUCGGUUUCGGGUUCCAUCUUUUCUAGGUUGGCUAUGGGGGCUGUCUGUGAUCUUUUGGGUCCCCGCUAUGGCUGCGCUUUUCUCAUCAUGCUGUCGGCCCCCACUGUUUUCAGCAUGUCCCUCAUUUCCUCCGCUGGGGGAUUUAUAGUUGUGAGAUUUCUGAUUGGGUUUUCUCUCGCUACCUUUGUGUCGUGCCAGUACUGGAUGAGCUCCAUGUUUAGUACUAAUAUCGUUGGUCUGGCUAAUGGCACUGCGGCUGGGUGGGGUAAUAUGGGUGGGGGUGCUACUCAGCUGCUUAUGCCUCUUGUUUUCGAGCUCAUUCACAGUAAGAUCGGGUCUCCUGCUUUCAUUGCCUGGCGCAUCGCCUUCUUCAUCCCUGGUACUCUGCAUAUUUUAAUGGGUGUUUUGGUUCUCACUCUUGGACAAGACCUUCCUGAUGGUAACUUCCGAGCGCUGCAAAAGAGCGGGGAGAAGGUCAAGGAUCAGUUCUCUAAGGUAUUCUGGUAUGGCAUUUGCAAUUACCGAACGUGGAUAUUUGCACUUCUGUACGGAUAUACAAUGGGGGUGGAACUCACAACAGACAAUGUGAUUGCUGAAUAUUUCUUCGACAAGUUCAACCUAACAUUGCACACAGCAGGAAUUAUAGCGGCUACGUUUGGGCUGGCGAAUAUUGGGGCCCGGCCAUUGGGUGGGUUCCUUUCGGACAAGAGCGCCGCCAUGUUCGGAAUGAGAGGACGCCUUUGGCUGCUCUGGAUUUUGCAGACAGGAGGAGGGUUGUUCUGCAUUUGGCUGGGAAAAGCAGGAUCUCUUCCCCUCUCUAUCGUCGCCAUGAUCGCCUUCUCCAUUUGCGCGCAGGCAGCUUGUGGGGCAACGUUCGGCAUCAUCCCUUUUAUCUCGCGCAGGUCCCUUGGGGUGAUUUCAGGCUUGACAGGCGCAGGAGGGAACUUGGGUGCAGGCUUAACUCAGCUUCUAUUCUUCACAAGCUCAGCAUACUCGACAGGAACGGGAAUCACGUUGAUGGGAGUGAUGAUAGUUGCAUGUACAAUACCUGUGUGUUUGGUGCACUUUCCGCAGUGGGGAGGCAUGAUCUUCCCGCCCUCCAAAGCCACCACUGCUACAGAGGAAGAGUAUUACGGUUCCGAAUGGUCUGAAGAAGAAAAACAAAAGGGUCUUCACCAGGGUAGCAUCAAAUUCGCUCACAACAGUCGCUCUGAAAGGGGAUCUGCCAAAAGAUCACAUUCCAUCGUAUCUGCGCCCACUCCACCCUCUGCUUCCCCUCUUCCCCAUGCCUGAUCCUAUUCCUCAUACUCUCCAAAACUU